CUUCACCCUUCCUUCUUCCCCCCCCCCCCCGGUGGAGCUGCCCAAUUGCAGUCGCCGCUCCUGGCCAUGGUUCUCGAGGACCUGAAUGCGUCUUCUGACAGCUUCCCGGAUAAUCCUUCUUCCCCCGGUAGUGAUUCGCAAUCCCCAUCGUCUUUUGAUCCCCGCAUUGAGGCCAGCCAGUUCCCACAACCAAUUCCCGUUUUUGGGCCUGUUCUCGGAUUUAGCGCUUUAGCUAUUGCCUCAAAGGCUCAGCAGACGAUCGGUUAUGCCCAGCGCAGAGUUCACCGGACACUCACGGUAGAGGAGGCCCGGGGACUCGCUUUCCAUGUUUAUAAGAUGGAACAAACAAAGUCAUAUUUUGCUGCCAUAGGCGUUUCCGCUGGAAGCUAUAGAUGGUAUUCGACAUUUUCGACCUACCGAUACCCUUUUUACCUCCCAAAGCCCGAGGAUAUCAAUCCAAACAGAUUCAUGUUCGUCAAAGGCCCGCUCCAGGCCACUGUCGCUCGGCAGUCCUGGCGAUUUGCAUGUUACUUUUUGGUCGGAAGCGCAAUGGGCAAGCUGAUCGGUGGGAUGAUUGCUCAGCCCGUCGCUGCGAGGGAUACGGCAAAUGAUCCGAGGCUAGCACAGUUCGCACUGGAUCUGAAAGUGGCCAAUGAUGAAGAUUUGAGGAAGCAGCGAGAAAGGUUUAGUCAGGGGGUCAAGGGAGGUAAUGAGAAUCCGAGUCAGGGUCUUCCGCCUCAUGCUGGCGCGCCGAGGCCUUUGGGGCAACCUCGACAAGCACCUCCGCCAGAAGAUGACAUGUCUCCAACAGCUGGGAACGACCCAUGGCCAGUAAAUUCCUCAGACUCAUCUUAUGGUGACUUUGGAUUUUCUUCAGAGCCUCAGCAGCCAGUGCAAGAGAAUGGUCCAUCAAGACCGCAACCGACCCAGCCAACCAGCUCAUGGGGCGGACGACCUUCUCGACCACAAGAGGAUGAUGCGUCCCCCACUGGCGGGCUAUUUCAAGACGAGACAGAAAAUCAAUCCAAGGCCGGUGAAUCGGCCUGGGAGCGUUUGCGUCGAGCAGGUGGUCCUCCUCCGGGUCCGCGCCCUGGGAUGCGGAGACCGACGCCGCCCAAUGGGGAGCAAAGGGAACCGUCAACAAUGGGUGACAGCUGGACGUUUGCUGAGUCAGACGACGAGCGACAGAGGGCUCGGGAACAAGCACAGAAAGAAUUCGAUGUCAGAAUGGAGCGUGAGAGGCAGGGGAAAGAUUUCAACGACGAAAAGCGUUGGUGAUCUCAAUCCACGUAAAAGUCUAGGCAAAACAAUAAACGUGGGCCCAAGCCCUCGAAGAACAAUAUUUAAUAGCUCUGUAAACUAAGAACUAUGAUGUAUUGUAGCGUGUUGGCAGAGGCGAAAUUGUGGUUGUUUUCGCAAGCGGUGACGGAAACGGGAGGCUGGACAUUCACCGCGCCAACUCCCCCCCUCCUCCCCCCGGGUGCUGGUAGGCACUCACACAGAUAGUAUUGUGUCAAUUGUAUC